AAAUUUCCCCAUUCACCAACCCAUUCCUCCAUCUCUCUCUCAAUAUGAACUAUAACAGCAUAUAUACUUCUGAGAAACUUCUCUAGUGCGAUACUGUGGUUGGUUUUUGUUGUAGCAGUUGUGGUAUAGCACAUAUAACUGCAGCGACUCUGCAACUCUACAACUUUUGACGGAUUUUCGCUUCCGAACGACCACUACUAUGGCAACUUCCCAAUCAACGGGUCCAUUUGGGCCGAGGGAAUAUACUUAUGAACAACUAGCAGAGGCAGCUCAUCACUUCUCCAACAAAUACCUCCUUGGCCAGGGUGGUUUUGGUCAAGUUUAUGAGGGAUCCCUACACGGUGAAAAAUUUGCUAUUAAGAAACUUAGAUUUCCUCCGGAUGAGCAGACAAAAAAAGGAUUGGACGAGAUCCAUGUCAUUAGCAGUGUCCGUCACCGAAAUCUUGUCAAGCUGCUUGGUUACUGCGUUGAUAGAUCCAAUAAUGUAUUGCUUGUUUUAGAGUAUUUUCGCAACAAAUCCUUGAAAGUUAAUUUACAUGAAAAGGAGGAGAUUUUAGACUGGCAAAAAAGAAGAAAAAUUGCUAUAGGUUCCGCGAAAGGAUUGGAGUAUCUACAUGAUCACUGUUCUCCUACAAUCAUACAUCAAGAUAUCAAACCAGAUAAUAUUCUUCUUGAUGAUAACUUUGAACCAAAGAUUGCAGAUUUUGGACUUGCUCGAAUUUUUACGGAUCAUAAUACUCAUAUCUCCAUGUCACAAGUGGGAACUGAAAUUUAUAUGGAUCCCGAAUGUUCUGGAAAAGUCACUGAUAAAGUAGAUGUUUAUUCUUUUGGCGUUGUUCUCCUAGAAUUGAUCACAGGAAGAAAACCCAAAUAUCAAGGGAACAUCGUUACAUGGGCAGGAAGUCAAAUUAAGAAAGCUCUGGGAGGAGAAUUUAAGGAUUUUGUUGAUUUCAAAUUGCAAAAGUAUGAUAAAGAAGAAAUGAAAAGAAUGGUUCAUUGUGCUGCAUUUUGUGUGUAUAAACGUCCAAAAUUUCGUCCACCGAUGAGAAAGAUAGUUCGAGCUCUCGAAGGAGAUAUGCCUUUAGCAAAUUUAUCGGAUGAGAUGAUUGACAACCAAUUGCCACACAUUAUUAUAAAUGAAGAUAACAAUAAUGUCGACUUCCUUCACCAUAUGGUGCAGAAGCUUUUUCCACAGGAAAUGGGAACUCUUGAUUUUUUACACAGUCAACACUACUUCCGAGUAUUCAGAGCUAAGUUGCAGGCUGAUCCAAAUCUAUUGCAGCCUUUGCUUCAAGAAUUGGGGAGCCAAAAGCCUCAAAUAUUGAGGUUUAUUCAAGAGCAUCAGGAUGAUUUUCUUCGCUUUAUCAAUCAACCCGUUGAAGGUGGAGAAGGGAACAUCAUAGACUUGGAGCAGCUGCAAGCAGCAAUGACACGGAUGGUAAUAGUUACACCAAUAGAACGUGUUGAAGCAAUGCGUUAUGAUCGGGCUUCAGCAUCUAACCCGGUUGUAGGACUAAAUGCUAAUCCUCUAUAUCCUUUUCCACAGGGCGUUCCAAGUGCUGCAGGGGCAGUGCCUAUUAAUUUUUUUCGGAACGAUCCACAGUUCCAAGCAUUCAGAGCUAGGGUGCAGGCUAGUCCACAUCUAUUGGAUGGUAUGCUUCAACACGUGGGGAACCAAAAUCCUCAUGCAUUGAGGUUUAUUCAAGAGCAUUGGGCUGACUUUAUUCACUUCAUCAAUGAACCCAUUGAAGGUGGACAAAGGAACAUCUUGGCCUUGGGGCAGCCGCAACCAGCAAUGCCACAGAUGGUAAUAGUUACACCUGAGGAACGUGAAGCAAUGCGUUAUGAUCGGGCAGCAGCCUCUAAUCCGGUUGUAGGACUAAAUGCUAAUCCUACAUAUCCUAUUCUACAGGGCGUUCCAAGUGCUGCAGGUGCGGGACCUAUUAAUUUUUUUCGGUACGAUCCACGGUUCCAAGAAUUGAGAGCUAGGGUGCAGGCUAGUCCACAUCUAUUGAAUGGUAUGCUUCAACACGUGGGGAGCCAAAAUCCUCAUGCAUUGAGGUUUAUUCAAGAGCAUUGGGCUGACUUUCUUCACUUCAUCAAUGAACCUGUUGGACGUGGAUAAGGGAACACUUGGGGCCGCUGCAAGUAGCAAAUGCCACAGACAGCAACAGUUACACCUGAGGCACGUGAAGCACUAGAACGUUUUGAAGAAAUGGGUUUUGAUCUGGCAAUUGCAUCACAAGUGUUCUUUUCAUGCAACAAGAAUGAGGCGCUAGCUGCCAACUACCUUCUAGAUCAUAGUCGUUUUAGGAUUAAUUGAUUUUAUAUAUAUUUUCAUUGGAAAUACUCUCAAUCCUUCAGCAAAAAUGCCAGGAAAUUAUAUUUUUUCCCCGAUUAUAUAUAUUCUCCUCAACUACAAUUAAGUUUGGAAUCUAGAGUUCUAUAAUGAGUGAAGUUUCUAGACCUUGAGCUAAA